GCGCACAGGAGCCCUGGUGAAUUAUCAGUUUGGUCUUUGCUCUCUGGUGUCCUGGAGGUGGCAUCCCCCUCCCCUGACUGCCCAGCGCAGACUCGCAGACUCUGCAGGGAGGAGCCUGGCCCGAGGCUAAGAAAGAGCAGCUGGGCCAUGGCUCCUCCUCUCUUCUCACUUUCUCCCGCUCCUCCCCUGCCUGGGAGGGCACAAAAAGCUGAUUGCACCAAAUUCCUGGCCUAGCACAGCGGCCUGGGGCAGAAAUGGCUGCCGGAGGCCGAGGUCUCAGCAGGGCCGUGGGAGCCUCUCCCCGCCCUGCUUGGAGACAAGCUCGCUGGGAAGCCAGGGGCGACCUGAAGCCCGAGUAUGACGCAGUGGUGAUAGGAGCAGGACACAACGGGCUGGUGGCUGCCAGUCCUAGGGACCCUGGACGUGCCAGAGGGAUAAAGGGAGGGCCCUGUGUACCCCUGCCCCAGGCAGCGUACCUGCAGAGACUGGGCGUGCGCACGGCGGUCUUCGAGAGGCGCCAUGUGAUCGGGGGCGCAGCUGUCACUGAGGAGAUCGUCCCAGGGUUUAAGUUCUCCCGAGCAUCCUACCUCCUGAGCCUGCUGAGGCCGCAGAUCUACACCGACCUGGAGCUGAAGGAACACGGGCUGAGGCUUCAUCUGCGGAACCCCUACUCCUUCAGCCCCAUGCUGGAAGAGGGCACGGGAGGCAAAGUGCCCAGGUCCCUUCUGUUGGGCACAGACAUGGCGGAAAACCAGAAGCAGAUCGCCCAGUUCUCGCAGAAGGAUGCCCAGGCCUUUCCCAGAUACGAGGAGUUCAUGAGUCGCUUGGCUUUAGCCAUUGACCCUCUGCUGGAUGCAGCCCCCGUGGACCUGGCGGCCUUCCAGCGUGGCUCCCUGCUGCAGAGGGUCAGGUCGCUCUCCACCCUCAAGCCCCUGCUGCAGGCAGGCCGCAUCCUGGGGGCCCAGCUCCCCCAGUAUUACGAGGUCCUCACGGCUCCCAUUGCCAAGGUGCUGGAUCAGUGGUUUGAGUCAGAGCCUCUAAAAGCCACUCUAGCAACAGAUGCUGUGAUUGGAGCCAUGGCAAGUCCCCGCACUCAGGGGAGCGGGUAUGUGCUGCUGCAUCACGUGAUGGGGGGCCUGGAAGGGAUGCGGGGGGCCUGGGGCUACGUCCAGGGGGGCAUGGGUGCCCUCUCUGAUGCCAUCGCCAGCUCGGCCACCACGCACGGAGCAAGUAUCUUCACUGAAAAGGCGGUGGCCAAAGUGCAGGUGAGCAGCGAAGGCCGUGUGCGAGGAGUCGUGCUGCGAGACGGCACGGAGGUGAGGAGCAGAGUGGUGCUGUCCAACGCGUCGCCGCAGGUCACCUUCCUGAAGCUGGUGCCACAGGAGUGGCUUCCAGAGGAGUUCGUGGAAAGAAUCUCUCAGCUGGACACCCGGUCUCCUGUCACCAAGAUCAAUGUGGCUGUAGACAGGCUGCCCAACUUCCUGGCAGCCCCCAGUGCUCCCGGGGGGCGGCCGCUGCCGCAUCACCAGUGCUCCAUCCACCUGAACUGCGAGGACAGCCUCCUCCUCCAGCAGGCCUUCGAAGACGCCAUGGACGGCCUGCCUUCCCGCAGGCCUAUGAUUGAGCUGUGCAUCCCAUCCGCGCUGGACCCCACGCUGGCACCCGCCGGCUGCCACGUCAUCUCCCUCUUCACGCAGUACACGCCCUACACGCUGGCGGGGGGCAAGGUCUGGGACGAGCAGGACAGGAACGCUUACGCAGACAAAGUGUUCGACUGGAUCGAGGCCUAUGCCCCAGGCUUCAAGGCCUCUGUGGUGGGCAGAGACAUCCUCACGCCGCCAGACUUGGAGAGAAUCUUCGGGCUUCCCGGAGGGAACAUAUUCCACGGUGCCCUGUCCCUGGACCAGCUCUACUUCGCCCGCCCUGUGCCCCUGCACUCCGGCUACCGCUGCCCUCUCCCGGGCCUGUACCUCUGCGGCAGUGGGGCCCACCCCGGAGGAGGCGUCAUGGGAGCUGCUGGACGAAAUGCAGCCCAUGUGGUCUUUAGGGACCUCAAGAGCAUGUGCCCCAAAUGAACUCUGACCCAGGAAGAACUCACCUCCGAAUUCUAAGUGCUCCACUGGGUCAGCUUCCCAGGAAGCUCGGCUCCGAAGGAUAUUACUUGAGGCAGUCAAGUCCACAUGGCUCAAGCCAUUAUUUUAGAAGAAACCUAAAGUUACACUUAAUACAAAUUGACCUUGCACCCAUGCCUCCAUGAAUAAACUAGUUUGUUUUAUUAAAAAAGAUAUUUCAUACAGA